AUGGAGCCCCGAGAUCUCGAAGCGAUCGGAAUAAUCGCGUUUGAUGGUGUAGCAAAAAAUGGUCUGCGAUUACAUCCGGACGAGAAGCACCUCCUAUACCCAAUGGGCCACAAAGUAGUCAUAAAAAACAUUGAAACUAAUGAGCAACAAUUUCUUAGCGGCCACACGAAUAAUGUCUCAGCGUUGUGCGUUUCUCCGUGCGGUGAAUACGUCGCUUCCGGCCAGAACAAUCAUCUCGGUUUCAAGGCUACGGUGAUUAUAUGGAACUGUAAAGAACGCACGAUCAGAGGCAGUUACGAGAUACACAAAGUCGGUAUCGAAGACAUGUGUUUCACGUGCAACAGUGACUUCCUCGUGAGCCUCGGCGGCAGGGAUGACGGCAACGUGGUCGUGUGGGACGUCCAGAAUAACUCUCCCAUAUGCGGAUCGUUCGCGAGCAACGAAACGAGUGGCGACGCGUACAAUGUCGCGAGGAUGCAUUUUCACGGCGACCGCUUUGUCAGUGCGGGCGACAGAACCCUGAGGAUCUGGCGUAUUGAUACGGAGAAGCGAAAAGUGCAUGCACUGGAUGUGGGAGUAGGCAAGCUGAAGCGUUUGAUCAACUGUAUCGUCGUGGACGAUAAAGAUGAAAUUAUUUAUUGCGGCACUUCUUCCGGUGAUAUCAUCAAAGCAAGGUUGAAUUUACGCGAUGAUCAGCAACGUGGGGAACCGGCGCCUCUGCCAGUGAUGAUCGGCUGCUACUCAAAAGUAACACGCGACUCUAGAAAAAUGAAAGCAGGUGAGGGCGAUCUUUACGCGGGUGGUGUGAAGAGUCUGCUGCUUCUGAAAGAUGGCAAACUGGUGGUUGGUGCUGGUGACGGUACCGUCGAAUUGAUCGAGAUAAUAAGUGGAAAGAACAGCCGCUCACAGAAGCUGUCAAAGCUCCCUAAUACGCCACAGAUACUUACUCACCGAGCGCAGAAUGUAUGCAGCGCUGUGACGUCCAUGAUCCUCUAUUUGAAUGAAUUUGUACUCGUCGGUACAGCAUGGUGCGAGAUCCAUCAGAUCCAACUGUCGAAUUUUCACAGCUCUCUGCUCGUCACUUCUCAUACUAGCUGCGUAUACAGCGUCGCGUUUCCGCUCAACCGCUCGGACAUAUUCGCAACGGGUGGCAAAAACGACAUCAGACUGUGGCAGCUGAAAACGCAGAAGGAAGCACUUCGCAUCAGCGUGCCGAACUUUGUCUGCUCGAAUCUAUGUUUCGCGCGCGACGAUCAACUGCUGCUUUCCGCUUGGAAUGACGGCACCAUAAAAGCAUUUGCGGUGUGCGACGGGCAACUUUAUUUCGCCAUUCAUAACGCUCAUACGAAAGCCGUGUCGACAGUCGCGGUCACGAGCGACGGUGCGACGCUCAUUAGCGGUGGCUGCGAUGGCCAGGUGCGUAUAUGGGAGAUAAAAACCGACGUGCAGCGACUAAUUAGUGUAUUGAAAGAACAUCGAGGUCCGAUAACGUCUCUGCACAUUUCACGCAACGAUGAGGAUCUGAUCAGCUCAAGCACGGACGGCACGUGUGUCGUCUGGGACAUAAUACGCCGCGUAAGGAAGCACAUUCUUAUGGGAAACACGAUGUUCAUGAUGGCGCAGUUCACCCCCGAUGGCAUCCAGAUCUUGACGUGCGGCACGGACCGGAAGAUCGCUUACUGGGAAACGUUAGACUGCUCGUUGGUGCGGGAAAUCGAGGGCUCUAAUGUCGGUACAGUGAAUUGCGUGGACAUCGGUCCCGAUGGCCGACACUUCAUCACCGGGUCCAACGACUGCACCGUCAAGAUCUGGGAGUACGAGAGCGCGGACAUCACCCACAUCGGCAUGUCCCACGCCGCGAUAGUCACCGGAUGUAAAUUCAGCCCGGACGGGAAAAGACUGGUGACCAUCAGCGCAGACGGAGCGAUCGUGAUUUGGAGGUACAGUCCGUCUGAAGUUCUGGCCGAGGCUCGAACCGAGGAAAGAGCACCUGACUCCAGGUUGCGCAGGACGUCCAGUCUGUGCAACGAGGAAUGCAAUGAGUUAUCUUCGCAAAUUGCAGAAGUUGCCGAAGGCACAAAGGCGGAUCAGACUGCGCGGUCCCUCGUAGAAUCUGCUUCAUCGUGUAGGAGCAGUAAUCAAAGGCAAUUGUCAGUUGCAUCGGAUCGAAGUAAAGAAUCUAAAAAAGAAGUUAACACGGGAAGAGCGUCCGUUUGUAAAUGUACACUAAAAUCGGCCAGUUCCAAAUCGAGUGUAGGUGCACCGAAUCAAUGUCGGUGUGGCGACACGAAAAGCGAUAGAUCCUCUAGUGGAAGAUCAAUGGACAAGCGAUCAGUGGACAAGCUAAAAGAAACUUCAAGUUCGCACAGCAAACGAUCGAUUACCUCUAGCACGUAAUUCAUGAAAGGAUACAAUUGCUCAAUCGCAUCAAUUUUGCAGAGAUUUUGUAUCACUAAUAUAUUACCACAAUAUAAUUAAUUUAUCAGAAAUAUUAUAUUAUUACAAGAACAAGUACAAUUACAAGUCUAAUAUUGCACAAAAGGAAAAAAA